CAGCGGCUGCGGUUUGAAUUCCAGCGGCGCCGCCGGAGUCCCAACAAGACCUGGGUUGGAGGGGGCGGGGACCUCGGGAGCCGGGCGGGUCGCGACGGGGGGCAGGAGGGGGGGAGGGAAACCAGUGGCGACGCCGUCAGAUACCAACGCCGCCACCUCCUCUGUGUCCAUGAUGGACUCGGUGUUGGAAGAGGACGUCACCCUCCCCGGGAUACGCAGUGGCUGCAGUGGCCUUGUUCCCAAUUUACCAGAUGACCUGGAUGGCAUCAGCCCCAUUGCUGGUUUGGGAAAUGGUGCGCUCCCACAUGUGUCGGAAGAAAUGGUGUCUCCCACCAGAGCCCGGAACAUGAAGGACUUUGAAAACCAAAUCACUGAAUUGAAGAAAGAAAACUUUAACCUAAAGCUCCGCAUCUAUUUCCUCGAGGAAAGGAUGCAACAGGAAUUUGAUGGCCCCACUGAACACGUCUACAAAACUAACAUCGAGCUCAAGGUGGAAGUAGAGAGUCUGAAGCUGGAGCUCCAGGAGAGAGAGCGUCUGCUCAUCAAAGCCUCCAAAGCAGUUGAGAGCCUCACUGCAGGGGGUGGCUCUGAAAUUCAGCGGGUGAAGGAAGAUGCUCAGAAGAAGGUGCGGCAGGUCGAAGAGCUCCUAACCAAGAGAAUACUCCUUUUAGAAGAGGAUGCGAAAGUCACCCAAGCAGAGCUGGAAAAGGCCUUUGCUGGAACAGAAACAGAGAAGGCUCUUCGGUUAAGCUUGGAAAACAAGCUUUCAGAGAUGAAGAAGAUGCACGAGGGGGAUCUGGAGACGGCUCUGGUCCUGGAAGAGAAGGACAGACUGAUUGAGGAGUUGAAGCUGUCUUUGAAGAGCAAAGAAGCUUUAAUUCAGUGCCUGAAAGAGGAGAAAUCUCGGAUGGCAUCUCCAGAUGAAAACGUGUCAUCUGGAGAGCUCCGAGGACUUCCUGCUGCUCUGAGGGGAGAUGAGGAGAGAGGGACCGAGGCUGCACAAAUGGAGGAGGAGAAGGAGAGAAAUCGCUUUGAAGAGAGGAUCCAGGCACUUCAGAAGGACCUGAGAGAGAAGGAAAGAGAAAUUGCUACGGAAAAGAAAAAUAGUUUAAAGAGGGAUAAAGCCAUUCAGGGUCUAACCAUGGCACUAAAGUCGAAGGAAAAAGAGAUUGAAGAACUUAACUCUGAAAUUGAAGAGCUCAAUGCCGCCUUUGCUAAAGCCCGAGAGGCCCCCCAGAAAGCACAGACCCAGACAUUCCAGGGGUCUGAAGAUUACGAGGCUGCUCUGUUAGAAAAGGCAGCCCUUUUGGCUGAGCUGCGCUCAGAAAACCUCACCAAGAGCACAGAGAACCACAGACUGCGUAGGAGCAUUAAGAGAGUCAGCCGGGAGCUGAGCGACCUGCAGCAGGAGAGGGAGAGACUGGAGAAGGAGCUGGAGGCAGCCCACCAAGAGAGGAGCAAGGGAGACUGCAUCACCCACGACCUUAGAAAUGAAGUUGAGAAAUUACGCAGUGAAGUGAAUGAAAGAGAGGAAGCAGUGGAGAAUCGUUACAAGAGUCUUUUGAGUGAAAGUAAUAAAAAAUUGCACAGUCAAGAGCAAGUGAUCAGAAGUCUAACAGAAAGUGCCAGUCAGAAGGACUUGUUGCUUCAGGAAACUGCUGGAGGACGAGUCCGUACAAAUGAGGAAGUAACACAGAAUGGGAUCCAGAAAAAAUUCAGUGAAAAAGACUUGGAAGCAAUACAGCAGAACCGUUAUUUAAUGACUGCGGGGGAUCUCGAUUUCAGGAGUGAAGACUUAAUAACAGAAAAGUGCUCUUCUCAGUCACCAGGCAGCAAAAGCAUCUUCUCCGAGGAAAAACAACAAUUAGGCUAUGAAGAGCUGAUUCAGGUCUUAAAGAAAGAGCAGGACAUCUAUACACAUCUGGUGAAGUCUCUGCAGGACUCAGACAGUGUCAGCAACCUGCAAGCUGAGUUGAACAGCAUCUUUGCGCUGCGGAAGCGGCUGGAGCGCGAUGUGCUCUCCUAUCAGAACCUGCAGAAGGCCCUGGAGGAGCAGAUCAGUGAAAUCCGGCGGCGGGAAGAAGAACCAUUUUCAUUUUAUAGUGAUCAAACAUCUUAUCUGAGUAUUUGCCUUGAAGAGCACAAUCGGUUUCAAGUGGAACAUUUUUCUCAAGAAGAGCUUAAGGAAAAGGUCGGUGACCUUAUCCAGCUGGUGAAGGAGCUGUACGCGGACAACCGGCACCUGAAGAAAACUAUUUUUGAUCUCUCCUGCAUGGGCUUCCCGGGAGAGGACAGGCCUGAGUCGGCAGAUCAGAUGGAGCUUCUGGCUAGCAAGGAGGACGAGGACUCAAGCAGAAUUGGAGAGGAUGACAAGAAUAAUCUGCUGAGUGGCGAGCGUCUGGAGCAGAGGAACAAGAUUAUGGAGGUCAAUUCCAAAGGGGGCUGCAAAAAUGGAUAUUUAAGGCACACAGAUUCCAAUAUUGUAGACUCCGACGGAGCCCACAAAUCCGGCUGCCCCGGAGACCAGAGUUUGGAAGAAGGCGAGCUCCUGAGCCUGCUCGCCCCUCUCUUCAGCGAGAAGGCCAUACGGUUACUGGAAUCCAGGCCGGACCUUCUGAAAGUGCUCCGAGAACUGCUUCUGGAACAGAUAUGCUUGAGAGAGCAGGAAGCUUCGGGAGAACACCUUGACGGUAAAACGGAGAAGACACUUGGGCAGAUGGCCGUUCAGCUAAGAGGUGAACUCGGGCAUUUCAUCCAAGCCAACUUGUCUUCCAAGCCACGUGAUGAACUCGGGUGGCCUCCGGGAGCCCAGCUAGCAAAGGCGGCAGAGGCGUCCAGGGUGGAGCAGAAAGAUGCCUCCGUGCAGACCAUGGCUGUGGAGGGCGACACGGUCAGAUUCGGACACGAGGGCACGACAGAGCCUUGGGAAGAGAAGCCAACAGACGCCGUAUUCGGCGCUGAGCCUCAGCCGGAGAGCUUGUGCAGGAUGCCGGGGCGGCAGGCCGCUGCCCUCUCCUUCCCCAGGGGGACCGAAAAAGACGUGAAGAAGUCCCGCUUGCCCAUCCUGAUAAAAGCAUCGCGGCCACUAGGGAGUGUGUGCCAGCUCCCUGCCCCCCAGGAGGUGGUGGCCCAGCAGCAGGGGGAGCUGAAGGAGUUUAAAAUUCACAACAAGCAACGUCACCAGAAGUUAAUUCUGGCUGAAACAGUGAUGGAGGGGAGGCCAGCACCAGAAAAAGCGCUCCUGAAAGCCCAGCCCCUCGUGGGAGCAGCCUACCAGGACCAGGACAGCCUGGCAGAGCAAGAAGGGCUCAAAGCCACGCUGUGUGUCUGGAGAGACAAGGAAAGGGACAGGGAUCAGCAGGCCAGCUGCGAGACCGACUCCGAAAUUUACCAGCCUGAUGACCUUGCCAUCUUUCCACCACGCAAAGAGAAUCCUUCUGAAGACUUUCCAGAUUCCACUUCCGUAGCUACAUACUUGAGUCCUAAGAGUCAGUUUUCCGCUCAAGUCAGUGUGGUUGAGACCGAUCAGCUGGAGAACAGCGAUACCUCAAAUGAUAAAGAAACCUUAAAACGGAAAAUCUGUGACUUGGAAACCGAGCUCGAGGUCUACCGGAACUUCAUAAUGCAGCUUCAAAAGCACUCCCAGUUCAGUGAGGCCAUCAUCACAGUUUUGUGUGGGAGAGAAGGGGCCCAGGACGGCUUGAACAAGUCCAAGGGCAGUACCGACGAAGAAGAAAUGACCUUUUCAAGUUUGCACCAAGUACGUUAUGUGAAACACAUGAAAAUCCUCCACCCGCUGGCCCCAGAGAUGAUUGACAGCAGGGCGCUGGAGAGUCUCAGACUGCAGCUGGUGGACCAGGAAUAUGAGCUGCAGAAGGAGCAGAAUUUGAACAUGGAACUUUCCGGUGAAAUCCAUAACCUGCAGAAUAAGUUCAGAGAUCUCUCACCCUCAAGAUAUGAUUCGUUAGUUCAGGCCCAAGCCAGGGAGCUCUCCCUUCAACGACAGCAGAUUAAGGACAGCCACGGCAUCUGUGUCGGUUAUCGUCGGCACAUGAACGCCAUGAUCAAGGCCUUUGAGGAGCUGCUGCAGGCCAGCGACGUGGGUUGCCGUGUGGCCGAGGGUUUCCAGGAGCAGCUGAGUCAGUGCGCGGAGCUGCUGAGGCAGUUGGAAAAUCUGUUUCUCAAGGGAAAUUCAGUUGAAGCGGAAAUGAGCACCCAGAAGGAACUGAGAGAGAGGACUGAGGAAGACAACUUAAGCUACCAACACAUUCUCCCUGAGUCUCCUGCGCCCUCAGCCUCGCGCGCGCUGUCCGACGGUCACAUGCUGUCCGACUGUGAACUGUCCGCAAAGUCCUCCUCACGAGACCAGAAGCAAGACAGCGAGACCGAGAAGACUUCGGUCCUGGCAAACAACGUUUCUCAAGACUUACUAAUGGAACAUAUACAAGAAAUUCGAAGUUUGAGAAAACGUUUAGAAGAAUCUAUUAAAACAAAUGAGAAGCUACGGAGACAGCUGGAGCGACAAGGCUCUGAAAUUGACCAAGGUUCUUCAAACAUUUUUGCUUAUGGUUCAGAGCUACAUAAUUCUCUGACAUCAGAAAUAUGUUUCCUGAGGAAGCAGAACGAGGCCCUCAAUACAAUGCUCGCUAAAGGAUCCAGAGAUAAACAGAAGGAGAAUGAGAAAUUGCGCGAGUCCCUCUCCAGGAAGACCUCCGGCCUGGAGCACCUUCAGCGGGAGUUCGCCUGUGUGAGGGCGGAGAACGACAGACUGCAGAGGGAGGUGGACGAGAAGGAGAGUCAGAACCAGCGGCUGCUCCGGGAGGUCUGCCACAGCCGCAGUGAGCUGAGCAGGGUGCAGGAGGAGGUGAAGGUGAGGCAGCAGCUGCUCACGCAGAACGACAAACUACUGCAGUCCCUCCGGGUGGAGCUGAAGGUGUACGAGAAGCUGGAUGAAGAGCACAGGAGGCUGCAAGAGACCAGGGCAGAGGCAUCGGGAGAAGGCUGGAAGGGGCAGGACCCUUUCGGCCACCUGCAUGGCCUCCUGACAGAGAUCCAGGCUCUGCGGGCGCAGCUGGAAAGGAGCAUCGAAACCAACAGCACGCUGCAGAGCAGGCUGGAGGAGCAGCUGGCACAGGGCGGGGAGAAGGCCCAGGAGGCAGAUCUCACUCUGGCCCUCCAGACGCUGUCUGUCCCCGAGCGGCCCCAGCAGCUGGACAAGCCCGGUGGUGACAAGUGUCCCGUGGCAGCUGACAAUUCAUAUGAUCUGUUUGAUUCCACCCCAGCCGUGCCGCCAGGAUCAGCUUCAGAGACUCCUCCACUCUCUGGAAAUGACAUGGAUGCCCUCUCCUGCGACAGUGGCAGCUCGAUCACCAGCGCCUCAAACAUGUGCCGCCUGGUCCCUGGCCACCGCCUGUGGGCCAGCAAGAGUGGCUGCCACGUCCUGGGCCUGAUUGAGGACUACGGUGCCUUGUGCGAGCAGAUUGGCCGGGGCCAGAAGCUCCUCGCCGAGAUGGACGUUCAGAUCCAAGAGUCUCCCAGCCCCACGAGUCAAGAGCUGGCAGCAAAGCGUCCACACUCGGCGCCCCUGAGCAGCUUCGUCACCGGUGUCGGCGCAGCCAGGCUGACCCUGGAUGAGGCCUCGAGGUUACUGACGCUGCUCUGGAGGGUCUCACUGCCCACCAGUGGCCAGUGCACGCUCCACUGUGAACAGACUGGAGAGUUGAAGGCAGAGAUCAGCAAACUACACAAAAAAUUGUUUGAACAAGAAAAGAAGUUGCAGAACACCAUGCAGCUGUUGCAGCUGAGCAAGAGCCAGGAGAAAGUCAUCUUUGACCAGCUGGUUGUUACGCACAAAAUCCUUCGGAAGGCCAGAGGAAACCUGGAGCUUAGGCCCGGGAGUGCCCAUCCUGGAACGUCCAGUCCCAGCAGGCCAGGCUCCUGAGGAGAACUUCCAGCCAAUAAAGCUCGUGGUUCCCCA